GAUAGUUGAUGGUGUCGUGAGUCGUGUGGCCGUUGCUUAACUACUCAACUACUACGUCUUUCCGUUGCCACAUUAACAGUUGGCCAUGGUGGCCAUUAUCAACUGAUAAUAAAUAUAUAAAUAAUAUUUUCUCGAUAAAUAUAUACGGCAAUAUAUUUGCUGGCAUCAUCACAUCAGUUCUAGAUAAGUUUUGUUGAAGACUGAGUUUAUUACGAGAUUGAGUUUAGUUGGGAGAAUUGAAGUCAGGAGAAAAAACAGACUAGUAUCGAAAACUGCAGCAGCAGCAUCGCCGUCUUUUAUUCCCAGUCGACAGUCGACCAUUUUGUGGGACGGUUUGAUCGAUAACGCGUCGACGUUUUUUUUAGUUAACAAAUAUAUAAAUUUAUAAUUAAUAUCGCAAUAAGUGUUGCCGUUAUGAUAUAUAUAUCUGUUGAUUUACUGGAUAUUUAUUUGUAAUUAUCUGGUUGAUGUCAAGGAACCUUUGAUACUUUUUAGUUCGAUAAUAUAUGAAAUGUAGAUAUAUGUAGAUGUAGACAUAUCUACUGAGAGCUGAUACUUGAUUGAGCUUAACCGGUACCGGUUCUGUUGUAUUUGUUUUGAGGCCCGAGGAUUUAUAAAAAGGAAAAAUACGAUAUUUGGAUUUGUGCAGCAUUACAGAUUAGGUUGUUGCUGGAGACUUGCCCAUGGAUUCGAUGGAUCCACGUCUGGUGGGCCAGGCCCUCAAUUACCACGGUCAGCAAUUGCAAAAAGUUUGGGAAGGCGAACGCAAUGAAAAUGAACUUGCGAUGCUCAAUCUUAAAGACCCGAGCUUUGAAAUUUAUCAGCAAAGACAAAAAACUCUCAGCUUUGGGGACAGAGGAAAGAGACUUAAACUUCAACAAUUUAUUGCUAAAAAAGCUGAUACUCUUUAUGACAAAUCAAAUUUAGAAAGAAGUGUUGAACCGGUAAAGCAAGAACUCGGUGAUGAAGAAUUUUAUGCAACGAUGCCGGGACUUGAUUCGUUUGUCACCAUGGAAAAAUCCCAACGCAUCAAGAAUUUUCUAGAAAGUUUAGUAACAGGGGACGUUAUUUUUGCACAAGUUAUGGGCAAGAGUGCCACCGGAUUGUUAUUAAAAGUUCUAUGUAAUUGCAGCGAUUGCCCAAGAGUUGUUACUGAUUUAGGCAUAAAGGCGCUGAUAUUAAAUACGGCAACAGUACCGGCCGUUGACAAGAAAGGUGUAACAAGGGGUUACAUGGCCAAUGACCUGGUCUGCGUGGUUGUGAGCGAGGUUAACGUUGAUGCUGAGCGUAUCGUUGCUGUUAUGAAUGUUGCCCCUCGCGAAGGUCAAGCUCCGCACCCACCAAUGGGUCUUAUACAUUCAGAAGAUUUACCCGAGGCAUACAAGAAAGCGAUGGACAACAAAGGACAGAGUUAUGAAACAAUCUUGGAGAAAAGUACUGGCUUCAACAAUCCCAACAACAUUAAAUAUCUUUGCGACUUGAUGGGUCUUGGACGGGAACACUAUUCUUUAAUGGUGGGCUUGAGAGAACGAUUUCCGCCAAAUGAGUAUGCCAAUGAGUUGAGACAGACCCAAGCUAGCAAGUGGGCAUUCAAGAGCGUGGCCGAGGGAAUUGAUCACUUUAAAGCUGGACGACAUACUGAAGCCUUUCAGUGUCUCAACAAAGCACUUACUGUCGAUCCCAAGAACGUCGAGGGUCUUGUUGCGCGAGGUGCCUUGUAUGCUAACAGCGGAAGCUUCAAAAAAGCUAUUGAAGAUUUCGAGACAGCUCUCAAGCUCAAUCACACCCACGCUAAUGCCCGCAAAUAUAUGGCGGAGACUCUGGUCGCGCUGGGACGAAGUUAUGAGGAUGAGAAGAAGUACGAGGACGCGCAGAAGGCCUAUGAAAAUUGUCUGGCCAUCGCUCCGAUGCACGAAGAGGCGAGAAAUUCUAUUGAGUAUAUAAAAACUAAAACUGCUGGCACGACUGGGUCAACGUUUAAUACUUUGGAGCCGUUCAAAACUUUUGAGGGCGAAGCUGAACAGCCGGAUGGUAAAAAGGACAAAAAGAAACGUAAGAAAGAGCGAAAGUCGCGGUCUAAGAAACGGGCGAGAUGGAGCUCGAGUUCAAGUUCUUCAUCCAGUGGGUCCUCGAGCUCCUCGAGCUCGGACUCUAGCAGCUCCUCGUCUUCCGGUAGCUCUGGUAGAUCAGCAUCGCGGUCGCCAGGCAGGAAAAGGAAACACAAGAAAGAUCAUCGCGGGUCACUGUCGCCGCUGAGCAAACGCAUGGCUCAGUACAAUAAUCCGCCGGCUGCUUCAACUGGCAGCGGCUCUCAUGAUCCUCUGAGUGCGCAGAAUUACACGGGAAAUUCCCGCGAUAAAAUGGACGAUUACGAAGUUAAAGUACGUAAAUUUCUUGAACAGACUAAAGAUGACAGUGACUAUGAAGAUAAAGUAAGAAAGUUUUUGGAAGAAACAGCUCGUUGGAAGCGUGAAAAAGAAAAGGAAAAGAAACAUUCCGAGACAGAUAAAUUGAAGAAGAAAAAAAAGAAAGAAAAGAAGGGAAAGGAUAAAGACAAGGAGGACAAAAAAACACGCAAGAAGAAAAAGAAGGAGGAGAGAAAGAAACGUAGGAAUAAGGAUAAGCUUGAGCGUGAUUUAGAAGCGUUGAAAAAAUCGUCGUUGCCCGAUUUGGAACAACUUGAGUCGAAACUGAGCGCUUAUUACGCAAAAGUCGAAAAAGAAACAGCCGUUUUGAAAAAGUAUUACGCACAGUAUAAUGAAAUGCCUCAUUCCCCUCUUAGUAAUGCGGAUAAACUUGCCGAGAGCUCACGCCGAGAGGAAGAACUCCGUAGAGAAAAAGACCGGGACCGUGAAGAUGGUGCCAAAGCAUACCACGAACGUGAUCCGAGGGUUCCGAUGACUUCUCAGCAGCGCAAAGGCACAUACAACGAUUACCUUGCAGAGGUUCAACGGAAGCCUCUACCAGAUCUGUUUGAUCAAGACUCACAGAUGAUGCACUCAGAACCGAAGCUUCCGACUUUAGAUACCGCAGCACUCAAUGCUAAAUGGAAAGCGGCCCAGGCUGCGCGUCAGAAAGAGUCAUCGCAUUCGGUUGGUAAGUGGCAAGAUCUCCAUCCCAUGGACAAAAAGAACUCGGCGCACAUCGAGAGUGAUGAUAACCGGGAUUUGGAUGAAAAACUCCAGCGUUCUGCUGUCGACAAGUCAUUCAAUGUACGGAAACAGAUGCAACGCGAGUUGCAGGACAAACGUUCAAGCCAGUCUAUUAUUUCUCCGCCGAUGUCUGGGUCAAAAGAUCCUAUACAGAAACAAGCCCCUGUCAAAUAUCCCACACCUCAGCCUCAAAAUAAAUUCCAGUCCUACAAGGAUAAUUCGAUGGUAUCCCAGCAGUCAUCUAACAGUAAGUUCAGUUCAAAUUUGGGCGGCAAAUUUCAACCUAUUGGUCAGAGCCAUCCGCCAGAACCGCCGCAUCCGCCCUCGACGAAGCUUCAAAAAGGCCCGCGGACAGAUUCAGACAGCGAGGAUGACCAUCACAACAGACAGCCAAAAAGGCGCGCGGGUUCACGUGGACCGAUGGCUAAACGAUUGAGCCGCGAACGUCCGAUGAGACGAUCGCACAGUCGCUCAAGAUCACGAAGCAGCUCCAGCGGUUCGCGCUCCAGAUCACCACGUCGCUCACGCUCGAGGUCAUACUCUAACCGUCGCUCUGGAAGCUACGAGAGGAAGUACAGUCGCUCCCCAUCAGGAACAUACAGCAGAUCGCGAUCGAGGUCAAGAUCAAGGUCUUACUCGCGAAGCCGCAGUCGCAGCAGGUCCAAUGACCGUGGGUACUACAGAAAACGUCAGUUCCGACCCUACAAUAACAACCGGGGCACUUAUUACAAACCCCGUUUCCAAAACUUCAAUAAUCAAAAUCACCGCGGAGGACCGGGUAAUUUCCAAAAUCGAAACCGAUUUUACAACAACAAUCAGCACAACAGAUUCAACAACAGGAAUCGCGGUUACAAUAAUCGUCUGAAUAACCGCGGACGUGGGAACGGCAACAACAACAAUCGCGGCAGAUUCUUCCACAACAAACCUGGAUACCGCGACUUCAGAGACAGACGGGACUUCCGCGAUCGUAGAGGAAGUUCACGAGACAGAUACAGCGACCGCAGCUACUCGCCCGACCCCAUGAGAAAAGUUGACGAAGCCAAGGAAAAAAUAAACAAAAUGCUGGAGAAUCACGAGGAUAACCACGAAGAUCAGGGCAAUGCGCCUCCGCCACCUCCACCCCCAUCCAGCAAGAGACACGACGGGCCUUUGAGUGAAGGAGAAGAACGGGACGAUGAUGAUUACGAGCGUUGGGACACUGCUGGUGCUGGCGACAACGCCAAUAAGAAGGUGAAGGUGAAAAAGGAGGAGAAGCUAGAGUAUCAGGAGAUACGGAAAGAGGAUUCGCCACUCGAGGGAAAGGAUCACUUUAUUGAGCGUAUGAAGCAGCGCAGUAAGAAUGUUUUGAUCAAACGCGAAGCCGCUGCUCGAGUUUGGUAGAAAUUUUAUUGUUUUAAAUUCAGUCAAGUGCAAGUACAAGCUCACCGACCCUACAACUACGCCUACUUUUAAUUCUUCUUACUCUCUUCAUUACCUUUCGAUCAACUGCUGCUAUUGUCACCGGUAGUUUUAAUUAAUAUAUUGCAGUCGGAGUUAUUCAAAUCAUUAUACAUUUUAUAUAUACAUACACAUGUAUAUAUAUUAUUAUUCAAUAAUUAAUUAAGUAUAUAUAUACCCAUAUAUACCAUUCUUUUCUUGUUUUUUAUUAGAUUUUCUUAGUGGGAAAAUAGUUUGAUAACUUUUGAUGAUCAUGAUGGUUCUGUAUCUUAAUCAAAUUUUUUUCUUUUUUUUUAAUUACGAUCAUCACAUUCUUAAAAAAAAUUCAUAUUUAAAUUUUUCAUGCCAUUAUAUUUGUAACGUUUGGCCUAAUUUAUUAAUCGUUAUAAUUUCCUUUUAUUUAAAGCGAUAAAAUAGACGUUUCCGUAACAAUCGUGACGUACUCAAAAAAACCGACGUCUCUGUAAAAUGUUCUUUAAAUUAGUAACUGUGUAAUUUCUUCAUUUCCAAUGGUAAAUAACACUUAUAUAAAUAUAUAUAUAUAUAUUAAUAAAAAAAAAAUAAAGAAAAAAAAACACACAUGUAAAUCUUGAAAUGGAAAAUAUACAAAUUCCUCAAUGAAA